UCUUUUCUACCACGCUCCACAAUAUAGACUAUGGCAGUUUGAAUGUCGGACAUCUUUAUGACUAUCUUUGUUGGACCUUGAAUAAUGUAACUUAUUUUUCCGUUAUGAUAAAACGUUUUCCUAGGUUGUACAGCGUAGCAGGCAAUUUUUACCCCUCAACCUCCAACUGGUUCGGCGACGGCGUAUAGACUGUAAGGUUCGGUGGCAGAGGGAGGGGCGCGAUUGAAUAAAACGGGAAGUGAUGUGAAGUUGGUUGAGUAAACGAGUUCUUGGGCAAGGAAUAAUCGCUCAAGACCAGCGAAGUUCGUUAGAUAAAGGCCAAAGCAAAUAUUUCACAUAUUAGUUGAAACUCGGUGAAUAUCAUACAUUACUGCGUCGAAGAAUCCAACAGCCCGCAACAGUGACGCACUAAACUCUAGUGGUCAGAAAUCAACGCUCACUAUGUCUGAUGGGGACUAUGAUUACCUCAUCAAGUUCCUAGCCCUGGGAGAUUCAGGGGUGGGAAAAACAAGCUUUCUCUACCAGUACACGGAUGCGAAGUUUAACUCUAAGUUCAUCACCACUGUGGGAAUUGACUUCAGAGAAAGACGAGUGGUGUACAAAUCAAAUGGCCCAGAUGGCACAGCAGGCAGAGGUCAGAGAAUUCACCUUCAGUUGUGGGACACCGCUGGACAGGAAAGGUUUCGGAGUUUAACAACAGCAUUCUUCAGAGAUGCCAUGGGUUUCCUGCUCUUGUUCGACCUUACUAACGAGCAGAGUUUCCUCAAUGUCCGAAACUGGAUGAGUCAAUUACAGAUGCACGCGUAUUGUGAGAACCCAGACAUAGUCCUUUGUGGGAACAAGUCUGACUUGGAGGACCAGAGGGCAGUCAAGGAGAGUGAGGCUCGGGAGCUGGCGGAGAAGUAUGGAAUUCCAUACUUUGAGACCAGCGCAGCAAAUGGAGAGAACGUGAGCCAGGCUGUGGAUGUUCUGCUUGACCUCAUCAUGAAGAGAAUGGAGCGCUGCGUGGAUAAGUCCUGGAUCCCCGACGGCACCGUGCGCUCCAAUGGCCACAGCACCACAGACAUCACGGAUACAAAUGAACCUGAAAAAGGCAAAUGUGCCUGUUAGACUCCAAAGAAUAAUCACCUUUAGUGUCUCCCCUUUUAUCAUUGGAUUGGACAGAAAUAUGAGCGAGGUUACCCUGAUAUUUUAUUAAUAUUGAUAAAGGAAUGUCUGAGAACAUACAUGGAUGGUGAAUGCAUCUAAUGGCAACUGUUAUCAUUCUACUCUCAUAUACGUACAGUACUUUAUACCGCUGCAUUAUGAUUCUGUUUUUAUCUUCAAGUGAUUGUUAUAUUGUAGCUUAGACACUGUUUAUUCCUCACAGUCAAAAGUGCCUUAAGAUUUUUUGCAUUUGAUGUUAUGUGCAAUGAAAAAAAACUAGCCUUAACGUGGAUUGUCCUCAAAAAUGUUAUCAAGAAAACAGCUGUACUUCCAAGCAGGUUAUUGUGAUGUAAUCGAUGCACCUCGCAGAGCACUCUUAAAUCCUGGACCCAUUGCUCUACUGAAAAGCUAACAUUUGGAGCUCAUUCAAGUCAUUGAUGUACACAUUUUGUGGUACAUUUCACAGGAGUUAGCCUGUCUAGACAUCUUGGAUGUAUAUUUGCCAAGUUUAGUUCCACAGAUAUGUUUUUGAAAAUUGUCUUCUCUGGGCCUCAGGUCUACUGUAUUGUCUGCAACACUGUAUCAUUGCCAACACUCUUUAUGCCAAAUAUGGACACCAAAUUCUUUAUUCCAGAAAAAAUAAAUAUAUUUUAUUAUUUAUUGAAA